UCUCUUGUUAAACUUUGCUCCUUGGCACUGCUCAAGACUGGUUGCGCAGCUGCUUGUUCCUUUUGAGUGCUAUUUAGGUGCAUGAGGCCUGCUGUAGUGAUUCAGAAUGAGAGACAUUUUAACCUAAACAAAACCCCUCUGUGCCUCUGUUGUUCUUCUGUUGGAUGUGGGAGAGGCUGCUUGAAAGUGAGUGAAAACAUCUCUAGAGGAAAAGGGCUGUAGAGUCAAACACAAACACUCAUGUGCUGUUGGGAUGGGGGACAAUAAGGACAGCUAUUCCCACAGAAGUGAAAGUGCAGUGUCUUCUGAUUGUGGAAUUCUCUAGCCUUUGCUGGUUCUGUUCCAGCUGAGGUCUCAUUUAAUUGGAUGACUGACUUGAUUGAAUUCUGGCCUUUAUUAAAAGUUUCUGGAGAGUUAUCUACCUGUUUUAAGAGCAGUUUUUUGCUCUUUGAGAGAAACACAUCAUUGAAGGUCAUCAAGAUAAGGGCUGCACUGAUCCCCUGGACAUUAUUAUGUGUAAAGAGAUUAUAUUACGGAAGUACACGAAUGUGGUGCUUGGCGAGUGGGUUGCUGCUUGCUUGCUGGCUGCUGUGCUGCCAGGAUUUCUGCACAGCCCCAUCUGUCUGGGGGAGAAACCUUUGAAUACAACAUGCCUGAAUAGAUUGGACACAUUUACAGCUCAAAAUGGAGGACGCAGAAGACAAAUUUUUCAAUGGCUACCUGAGGCGCAAUAUGGCAAAGAUUGUGACUACAGUCAAAGUGAGAGAGCUUGUGCCGCAUCUUCCUAGCCUCACGCAGUCAGACCGGGAGAAUAUUGAGGCCAAGCGGGAAAGCACAGGCAACUACAAUGCCAUGCAGCUGCUCCUCAGCAGCCUGAGACACAAGGAUAACUGGCUGGAGGAAUUCAUCUCUGCCCUAAAGACAUGUGAGCACAGUGGCUUUGCCAGCCAAAUCCAGGAAGAGUACAAGUCUCUGAAAAUCCAGCCCAAUGUCAGUGCUCUUGCUCCCAUGGCCCCUAUGUCUGGUGGAACCCUUCAGCCUCCGCUCGACCUCAGCACCGUCUCAACCCCUAAAAUGGAUGAGGCCGUAGAUGUGGCCUUAUCCCUUCCCCCUGAGGCUGCCCCUGGUGAUGGGAUAUUAGCCAAUCACACAGGUCCUUCAUCUGUUGUAGUCUCAUCCCAGAGCCCCGCAGAACCCGCUGCCUCUGUGCAAACCCAUACUACUGAGGACAUUGGAGCUGUGACCCCAACAUCUCAUAUCUCCUCACCUGCAGUACCUUCUCCAAGCCCUCAGGUGCCAGCAGUGGAACCAAUUCAGGAUGCCAAUCCAAAACUACAAAGUGCCUCUGAUAAAUCCGCUGACACCUCCAAGUCAAGUGUUGGUCAGGUUUUGGCACAAGGUCUGCAUUUAAGUCCAGUGUUGGGGAGUCCAACUGAGGAAGUAGCUGGAGUCAUGGCUUCUUUGAAUGAACAAGAUGUCACAGAUGGCCUCAUCUCUCCGUCCUGUGUGGGAAGAGCCUCAGCAGGUGAAGAAGUGUGCUCCAACAAGCCAGUGCUGCUGACCUCCAUCCACAGUGUCCAGGUGCACCAGCCCUUCGACAGCCCGUCUACCUUUCCACCUAUCCCAGAUCAGGGUGCAUACUCUGAUGACACUGUCAACCUGGAGUGUAGCUCCAGCUUGUCACACCACACUUCUGAAAGUGUCAAUGCAGAGAAUAUAGCCCUCAGUGAUGCAAAGAAGGUUUCUCCUGGUGAUGCAGAGAACGUAACCCUCUGUGAUGCAAGGAAAGUAGACACUGGUGAGGAAAGCAGCAUAGCCCUUAGUGAUACAGAGAAGGGGGCUUCUGGUGAUGCAGAGAGCUUAGUCCUCAGUGAAGCGGAGAAUGUGGCCCCUGGUGAUGCAGAGAGUAUAGUCCUCAGUGAUGCAGAAAAGGUUGGCCUUAGUCAGCCAAGUGGUGUAACUCUUAGUGACACAGAGAUGGUGGUCCCUGGUGACACACAGAACGUUGCCCAAGGUGAUGCAGAAAGUGAACCCUUCAGCGAGAUUAAUGCAGCAAGAGUUGCCCCUGAGGAAUUUAAGAAUGUAGCACUCUGUGGUCCAGAGAGGGUUGCCCCUGGUGAUGUAGAAAGUGAAGCCCUCUCUGAUGCAGAGAGAGUUGCCCCCGGCUAUGCAAAAGGUGUAACUUUCAGUGAAAAAGAGAUUGUUACCCCUCAUGAUGUAGAGGGUGUAUUUUCUGGUGAGAAAAGUGCAACUGGAACUGCUGUAGAAAGUUUUCAGCCUGAGAAUAAGAACACUGUUAUCCCUAGUAAUGGAGAUGGCAUUGGUGACGCUGACAGCACUACCCCUGAAAAUCGACAGAAUGUUGUCUCUGACAAGGACAAAGUUGUCAUUGUUAAUGCAGAGAGCUUAGUAAGUGAAAACGCAGAAACUAUUCCUUGUGAUAAAUUAGAGGGCAGUUCCCUUGAACACCCAGAGAGCAGAGCUGAAAAAAAUUAUUGUUACUCUGCCCACCCUGACAUCACCACAUCCAGCCACAAUCCAGAGAGUGUGAUCCAUGACAUUGUAGGACCCAGCAACACACAGAAUAGAGCUGCAGACAUCAUGGAGAAUACUGCCCCCGAUAGCAUGGAGAGUGCUCCCUUCAUAGCCCUGGAGCCCACAGAUCCCCACCUACCCCAAAAUGUGUUGAAGGAGAAUGACUGUGACAUAGCCCAACAGGAGAUCAGCUCACCCGAUGCCCCCUCCUCCAACCACAACUCAGAGAGCUUUUUCCCUGGUGAGGCAGAUAAUGGGGUGUCUGGUGAGGGGGAUAGCCGGGCCCCUGAUGGGAGAGACAGUGGGGACCAGGUUGAUUCAGAGAGUGGGGGCCCUGCUGAAGGACACAGUGAAGCCUCUUGUGAUGAGGACAGUGGUGACACAGAGAGUGAGGCCCCUGGUGAGGAGGACAAUGGGGCCUCAAGUAAUGUAGAUGAUGGGGCCCCUGGUGGUAGGGACAACGGGGCCUCGGGUGACAAAGACGGUGGGGCCUCUGGAGGUAGUGGGCCACCAGGAGGUACAGACUGUGGGGCCCCUGGAAAUGGAGAUAGUGGGACAUCUGGGGAGGGAGACAGUGGGUCCUCUAAGAAGGGAGACAGUGGUGACCCUGGAGAGAAAGAUAAUGGGGCCCCUGGGGAUGGAGGUAGUUACACUACUAGAGAAGCUGACAGUGGUGGACCUCAAGAGGAAGACAAUGGAGAAUCUGCAAAUAGAGACAGUGGAGUCCCAGGAACAAGUGACAGCAUGAUUCCAGGUGAAGGAAAAAGUGGGGGACCUGGAGAAGGUGACAAUGUGAUCCCUGGAGAAGGAGAAAGUAGGGAACCAGAAGUGAGAAACAUUCGGGGCCCUGGAGAAGGAGAAAUUGGGGGACCUGCUGGGGGAGACAGUGACACACCAGGUGGCAUAGUCAGUAGGGUUCCUAAUGAGGUGUGCAUUGUAGUCCCCAGCUGUACAGAGCUGCCUGAAAAUAAUACAGGGAAUCAGGACUCCAACCAUCUUGAGGCUAAUUUGCCUGCCUCCUUGUCCAACCACAUCCCAAAGAGCAUUGUUCCCAGCGAUGUGGAGAGUGCAACUGAGUCAACACACAAAGAGCUGACGGAUAAUCCGUAUAACUCUACUCACCUUGAGAUCAGCUUACCCACCUCUGCUUUGUCCAACUACAGCCAAGGGACAUUUAGCUCCAAAGACGUAGAAGGUAGAAUUUCUGGAAACACAGAGCCACUCCACCUUGAGACAGAGGAAAACCACUGUGACGCCUUCCACCUUAAGAUUGGAUUGAGUUCUGAAGAAUCAUUCUUCCCCAAUGCAGACAGUGCAUCCCCCAACAACAUGGGUAGCCAGAGCCCUGGUGACACAACCUCCAACAAGGAGACAGUAGAGAACCACCGCAGCUCCACUCACUUGACCAUCAAUUUGACCUCUCCUGCCUCACUGAACAAAAAGCCAGACAGUGCUGCCUACGUUGAUAUGGAAUCACACAUCCACAAGCCAAUAAAGAACCACUGCAGUGCUCCCUGCUGUGACAUCACUGAUGAGCAAGAUGUGGACAAGAAGAAGCUCUGCAUGUCUGAAGAUCUGGCUCCCCAGAAUCACACUGUGUCUGGUGAAACAGCAGUGGGUGUUAUCACAGAGAAGCUAGAGGCUUUUCCAGAGCAGGGUCAGCUAAACCAACGCAGCCCACUGGGAAACUACUAUGUCCCUGCUGCUGUGGUUGGAGUGGUUGCCGCAGCCAUGCUGUGGCAACUGAAGAAGUAGUGGUAACUGCUGUUAAACACAUGCUUAUUCUCUAUUCUCUAUAAAGCACUUCAGAACCAGCUAAAAGAGUAACUUCAAGAAGGACUGGGACCAAACUCAAACUCAAGUGAGGCCAUGUGCACAAAAUGGCCUAAAACACCUAGCAUAGGGCAACUCCUAGAGGGCCAUAGUGUACAGGCUGCGAUUCCAGCCAGGCAUAAUUCCUCCCUGAUCUAAUUAAUUGCUUGGCUUAGUUUCCCUCCCCAGUACUCUGGUUUAGCUGUUUUAAGUAGAGUUGGAAAGCCUGCUGGGAUGCAGUCCUGCAAGUCAUGAGCUGAACUGAAUACCUCUGAAUACAGUUAGCAUUCCCACCCUUCAGCCAGUCCCCAUAGGAGCUGGACCCCCUGGGAUGCAGUCACAGAAACUUUUUGCAUGGGGCCUGAUCCUGGUUUGAUAUACACACAGUUAACUGACAUUUCAAGUGUGUUAUUCCCUACACAUUCUGGCUUGUGUGACUUCAGUGGGGACACGACUGAUGCACACGUGAGGUGGAGACUCACUGAAAAGAAGCUGUCCCAUUGACAUUGACUCAAGUGAAUCCUGGCUUGAGAUUAGCAUGACUUUUGUCUGGUUUUAUCUAAACACUCUUUGCACACAGGAAAAGAUGCAAUUGGUGCAAUCUAUCAACUAACAUGUGAAAUUACAGCUCCGUGGUUUUUUUCCAUAUAGGCAACAAUGGUUUUACAUACAAUUCAGACAAAAAGAUUCAAGUCGUGCCAUUUUAUUGAAACUUUUAUGUUCAAAUUACUAAUAUUAAGAUAAGUUCAUAAUGACAUACACAUUUUAAUAAAUAAUUUUAAUGUCACCAACUAGUACCAAAUAGCCCUUUUGUGGCUAUUACCUCUUUUCCCUCUUUGACACCAUAUAUUGUGCUUACUGCAGAAUUAACUAGCCAUUUACUUUUUAUGUGGAUAUAUUGCAGUUGAGUAAGGGUAGGGUUUAUUGCAUAAUUCUGCCAACAUCUAAUGUGCAUGCUAUUUAAUCAUACGUUUUUUAAAUACGUAUGACACAGUGUCGGAGAACAUAAUAGGUGAGAAAAGAAAUGCUUACACUGGAAAACACUAAAAGUCUUUACAGUAAUACAAUAGAAAAUAAAACUUCCAGGGUAAAAGUGAGUCCACUUCCAGAGUGGUCCACUUUUGUAAGUUGCAUUAGUUAAAAGUAUCUGCUAAACAACUAAAUUGUUAAUUAUAAUUGGCCCAUUAGAAACUAGUCUAUUGAACAGGAAGUGGUCCCCCAUGAUGUACAUAUCUGUACUUAUCACCCAUAUUUAGUUUCUAUUUGACCAUUGUAAUGAGAAUGUAUAUUUCUGGCUUUACCCAUAGAAGGCUUUUGUGCAGGCAAAUUGUUUCCUUGAAUUACCCUGGAACCUGGAAUCAAACAAUGACAAUAUAGUCUCAUUUUGAUUAUACAUAUAUACAUAUAUAAUUGUGAUAUCACUGAUGAAUCAUUCUAUAUAAAAUACAAACAUUUGAUUGAACCCAUUUGUAGUUACAAAACAUUUCCUGAUGGUACCAGUCUAGAUUUUUUACCUCUUUGUGAGUAAAUUGACCCGGAGAAAAAUGCACUUUCCAAGUCGGUCUGAAUGUGCAUAUCUCAGUCUUCAAUGACACACAUGCUCAUGCUCCUCUCCAUGUGUGCAUUCUGCUCUCCUCACAAGCUCCCUUUAAGCACAAAACUCUGAAUGUGCUUAAACUAUUAUGGUUUGCAAUUUCAGAAUUAUGUAGACUUUGAAUGCUUAUCACGUCUCAAUAAGCCCAGUAAUACAUUGGAUUCCAACACUGCAAUAUCAGAAUGUCUUCCACUUAUUAAUUUUGAAUGUAGCUGUAAAAACCUUCCUGUAAUUGCAAUCAUGGAAAGCAUAUUGGCAGUUAAUUUGGUCAAUACUGCUAUAGUUGUUGAUUACAUUGUUACUUAUAAUUUACUCAGUGAUCGAUUGUGAUGAUGAUAAAUAUCACAAUUAAUUAUUAAGCAGUUUUUUGUGAUCAUAUGUACAUAUUAAACUUUUAAACUAUUGCAUGUUAGACCUUAAAAUCAUUUGUGAUUAUGUAAAAAGAAAAUGGUAUUAAACUAAUGGAAUAUGAAUAGAAUCAAUAGUAACACAGAAUAUCUACAGGGUAAAUGUAGUUUAAGACUGGCCUAGUGGUUUAUCUUGUUACUUGUUUUACUUAUUUAAAAAAUCAAUAAAUUGUAGUGUGCAUAUAUCAGUGAGAAAUGAAAUUAUGUCAUGUUUGUGUACUUUUAAUUAAAUCUUUUAUGAAAAUGACUGACAAAUUAAGAAAAUCCCCUCUAGGAUUAGUUUAACGUAGUGUAUAGAAGCAAAGACAGAUAUAUUCUAUAUCUACUUGUACAUAUUUUUAAAAAUGUAUAGUACUUAGUAUUUUUCCUUACAAACUGUCUCAUGGAAUGUAUAAUCAUAUAUAGGGGUACAGCAACAUACACAGUGUGAAGGGUUAAUGACCAAACAGAACGGAUAAUCCACUGUUGCUGUGGCAUUAGUGUAAACACGAGGGACAUUUCAUAUGUUGUCAAGGAGUCUUUGUACCAGUCCCUACAUCCCUUGGGCAACCUUGACCUUUAAUUUCUGAUAGUUCCUCUGCAUUUAUUUUCUGUGUCCACAGUCCUGCCACCUUCCUUAUUUUAUAAUGUACUAUCAAUAAUUUGCUUCUGAAAUAACUUCAAUGAUGAGAUCAAAACACAUCAAAAAUAAAAUCCACAUGUUCUGAAUGA